AUGCGACAUGUUUACGUUCAACGACCCGCCCGAAGCGAUCUUGAACAUACACGAGCCCUGGUAGCCGAAGCAGAAGGGGUCCUUCUUUACAGCGACGUAGCCCACGCAAGCGCUGGGCGUGAGUGGUGGGGGACUAUCGUUGUAGGCGGUCCAGGGUCUGGUGAUAUCUCGACAAGCUGGAAAGGGUGGCUACGAGUCGAUCGCGAGAAUGUGCGUGGCUUUGCAUUAGGCAUAAGCGCUGAGGAGGCUCUGGAUCAGAAGGAGAAGAGACAGGGCGUUGUGGACACGGCUGGUUGGGCGGCAACCUCGCAGUGGGGAGUAUUUACUUUCAAAGACGGUGACGCAGAUGCCUCUGAGGGAGAUGCAAGAAAAUGGGAAAAUGUUGAAAAUAUAGAACAAGUCGAAGACAAUUGA